AUGAAAUAAAGGAUUAAUAUUUUGUUAUAGGGAAAUUAAGUCAAAUAUUAUUUUGCAAGAGCAUUUAAUAAAGGGCAGGUUUAAAAAGACAUCAGCUAGAAGUUGAAUGAAAAAAAGAAGAAAACUGAAGAGUAGAAGAAGAUAGAAGGAGCCAUUUUACAUGAUAAGGAAAGUAGAAAAGAAAAGGAUUCUGAAGAAAUAGAUUAGUUAUUUAUGGCAAAAUGUCAUUUAGAUGUUUAAAGAUUCCCAGAAAAAGCUUUAAAAAGAGCUUAGCAAGUAUUUUCUAAGUAUCCUCAUAAAGAACUGAGAGAAAUGGGAGUUAAUUUUAUGAAAAUGUAUUAAUAAAUGCAUGCUGUAGAAAAACCAAGCGAUAUUAGUUAAACUGAGUUAUUUGCAAAUACAGAUCAAUUGCUAUAAUCAAGCGAUAAUCCUGAAUAAAUCAUUUACUUAAGAAGAAGCGAAGAAACUUAAGAAGAAAUGGAUGAAAAGGUGAAAUUAAAAAGAAAAUUAAAAGCUGAAAAAGCUUAAAAUAACAAAGAUGAAGAAACUCAGCAAGAGAAAGAUUAAAAUUCUACUGAAUAAGAAAGCGAUGAUUUGGUAGAUUUAACAAAAGACGAGCCUAAAUUUAAAAGUAAUGCAAAUAACAAUAUCAAACUGAGUUUAUUUGAAUACAGUUAAAAUUCUUCUGUUGCUUACUUGUUGAGAAAAGCCCCUCACACUUUUUCUGUUGCUUGUAGAAUAUUAACUGAAAUUAGAUACAGGAUGCCUAAUUUUAAUCCUCAAACUUUUUUAGAUUUUGGUGCUGGUUUAGGCAGUGGAAGUUUGGCUUUUUAAGAUAUUUUCCCAGAAUGUAAGAAUAUAGUUGCAUGUGAACCUUCAAAGAAUAUGAGAAAGCUUGGAAAACAUAUGACAUAAGAUAUUCCAAAUUUAGUUUAUGUUGAAAAUUUAGCUUAAACAAUAUCUUUACCUUAUGCAGUAGAGUUCGAUAUUGUAUUUAUAUCACACGUUUUACAAGAAGUUCCAUCAGUUGAAGCUCGUAAGCUCAUUAUCGAUAGUUUGUGGAAUAAGGUCAAAAAAGGAGGUAUUAUGAUUUUUGUAGAAAAUGGAACUCCUAAGGGUUUUAGAUUUGCUCAUGAUUUUAGAAGAUAUAUAUUAGAAAAUAAAAAAAGUGAUGAUCCCUAUAUUGUUGCUCCUUGUCCUCACUAAGGACCAUGUCCUUUGGCUGCUAAAGCUGACACUUGGUGCCAUUUUGAAUAAAAAGUAGGAAAAUACCCAAAGUCUGUUUUCUCAAAGUUGCCUACUGAAAAAUAAUUUGACAAUGAAAAAUUCUGCUUUAUGGUGAUACAGAAAGGAGUUAAAUAAGAAGAAAGAGAUGAAGAUAAUUCACAAACUUUUGCAGAAAAAUCUUUCUUCUGGGAUAGAAUUCUUUUCCCUAUAAUGAGGAGAUCCAAACAUUUCGUAUAUGAUUUAUGUACACGAGAUGGAGAUUUCGAAAGAAGAGUAACUGCUAAAUCACAUGGAGAUGAAGAAUAUAAAACUAUCAAAAAACUUUCAUGGGGUGAUUUGUGGCCUUUUUUCAAAAGAAUACCUAACAAAUUUAGAAAAGAAGGACCAAAAGGACCAAGAUUGUGGUGA